CAGUUCGUCCGUAGACAGACAAAGUUUUGAGGUGGAUCAACAGGCCAUCAGCCGGUUUGACUCCCAACUUCCCAAGCCAUAAAGCAACAGGAGGCCCAAGCACUCGGAAACAAUACCACCCAGCUAUGGAAGCGUGGUCUUGUGCCCCAUUCCCUUCAAAUGAGGCCUUCCUUUCCAGGCGAGAAGAGAGGACAAGUUGAUGAGAGAUCGAGUGAUCGCUGGAGAUCAGUAUGGGCGGGACUCGUCCGAACAAUACCGGGAUCAUUCAUGGCUAGAGCAAGGAACGGCGCGGAAGUACUUGUUAGUUGUUACAGAGUCAUCAGUGGGGACUGGAUCUGUCACCAGUCAAUGAGUCAAGAACUGGCCGGGAAUGGAGGGGAAAAGGGGCGCCUGUUUGUUAUUUGUAGCGAUGAUUUUCUUUUCCUCGGAAGUCUGUGCGAGUCGAUCUGGUCCCACUUUUCCCCAGAUUGUCUGUAUGACGAGGGAAAUGAUGCAGGAGCAAACACUUCAUGCCUGGUUGGAUUUCCAGAGCUCCUCUUCUGUGGAUUGGUACCACACCUUGACCGCCAUCGCGUCCAGAGUGGACCAAAUAAGUAUCAAUUAACAGAGAUGGAUCUGGUCAGAAGAGACCACAGUCACGGCUGCAUGAUUUGACCAGAGGCUGGAGUCUGAGACAAAGCCAAAGUGGUAGCGUGGGGGAACAGCGCCUAGCUGAGCCUGAACCGUGUUCCGUCCUAUUCUUGCUGGCAUGCAUGUAAUUCUUAAGUGUUACUACUAUUAUCAUUUAAUUAUCUAAGACGGAGAUCGACGACGGUUGAAAUCUACAGAGCAGAGAGCAUC